AUGCGAAAUUAUAUCUCUUCAUUCUUGCGGAGGACAAAUGUUUCUCAGAAGCAAACAAGCCGGGGUCUACGUAUCCUAUGUCGAGGCAAAACCAUAAGUGCAGAACAACUUUUUGAGUAUACGAAUGGUAAUUUCCUCGUUAACGAGAAGAUCCAAUUUGACCGGCGUUAUGUGAAAUUCAACCUGGAUGCUCUCUGUGCCCUCGCGGCUACUGCGGGAGGCCAAGUAUCCCCAGUGAGAGUGGUUGAAAAGAUGGAAGGUGGCUUCAGUAAGGCACUUUUAAUGAUAAAGGAAAAUGGAAUGGAGGUUAUUGCAAAGAUUCCCUGUCGCAAUUCUGGACCGGCAGUGUAUACUACUGAAUCGGAGCAUACAAAUGUUCCUGCCCCAGAAGUAUAUGCGUGGUGCUCGGAUCCUGCGAACCCUGUAGGCGCAGAAUAUAUCAUCAUGGAGAAGGCAGCAGGUGUUCCACUUUUCAAGAUAUGGGGUGAGAUCUCACAAUUAGACAAAUUGGAGCUUAUUAAGCGACUUACGAUGAUCGAACAUGAGCUCUCUUCAAUUCAACUCCCUGCCUAUGGUAGCCUCUAUCUCCGGUCAUCUUUUGGGAAUUCACCGACUUGGAAACCUCUUAAUAUAGAAGUCGACCCUUCCCAGUCAUACUGUGUAGGCCGCACAGGUGACAGAUCGUACGUGCCAGAGGACUGUGAGGGAAUGGAGGGAUCCAGCAUCGAUCUAGGCCCAUGGAAUACAUUGUCUGCGUUAGGCAUUGCAAUUGCUAGUCGAGAAAUCUCUCGUGUUUUGCACGCCCCAUCACCUCACCCAGGGACAUUCUACCAAGGAAGCUCUACAGAGAGGACAAGUCUGCUCGAAAGCGCUCUCUGCGUCAUGAAACUACUGGACUCGAACCCUACUCUCGCACAGCCCGCAAAACCUGUCAUCUGGCAUACAGACCUUCACAUGGGAAACAUAUAUGUGUCUCCUAAUAAACCAUCGCAAAUUCUUUCGCUCAUUGACUGGCAAUCAAUAUCGGUCCUUCCUUUGUUCCUACAAGCGCGAUGGCCUGUUUUCCUAGAGCCACCUCAAAAUUUCCCCAAGGGGUUCCAACAACCAAAACUACCUGAAAACUUUCAUGAGCUAGAUGCAGAAGAACAACAACUAGCAAGAUAUGAACAGCAACAAGCUAUGGCAGCAAAGGCAUACGAGGUUUCUAGUUUUCUUCAAAAUCGAGCAGCUUAUACCGCAACGAAAUUUCCUCGUGUUUUCCGGGAAUUUUUCAAGCGCUGUGGCGAAACGUCAGAGGUUGGCGUCCUCCCUCUUCGCGCAUGUAUGAUAGAGAUAUCCCAAAGCUGGUCUGAACUAGGCUUUUCUGGUGAAUGCCCUUACUCCUUUAGUCAAGAGGAGAUAGCUGAGCAUGACACUCAGUUUAGAGACUAUGAGGACUGGUAUAAGGCACACGAAAUAGCGAGAAAGUGCCUGGAUACAGACGAAGAUGGAUGGAUAUCCCCUGAAAUGGAUAUUGUAGAGAAACGCCGCCAAAACCAAGAACUACUUGAUAUAUUUGUUGAACAGAUGGCGAGUGAGAAAUCUAGAGAAGAAUCACGGCGAAUGUGGCCGUUUAUCGAGGGCUACGGGGUUGUUCAGAAGAGUUUAUAG